GCACGCGCUGCGACAGCGGCCUGUGGGGACCACGACGCGCUGGGGAGCAGGCGCUGGUGGCAGGGAGAAGCUCAAGAUGCUUGGGGAGACAAAGGGACUGAGCCGCGGAGGCAGGAACAGAGUCCGGCCCCGCGCACAGCCCGAGCCCUCCGAGGACACGCGGGGGCGCAGGCGGCCGGGGCGGGCGGGCACCCCGGGCGCCGCCGGCCCGGCGGAGGGGUUCGGGCGGCCCCAGCGCCCUCGGGGCGGGGCGCGGCGCUCUGCCCGCUGUCCCCCGCGCUCGCCUAGCGCACCGUCGCAGCAUGGGGUCCGUCAACUUCGAGCUGAUUUUUGAUCACGUGGGUCACUUCGGCAGAUUCCAGAUGUUCCUCUAUUUCUUAUGUGCCUUCCAAAACAUCGCAUGUGGUAUCCACUACUUGGCUUCUGUGUUCCUGGUAAUUACCCCAUAUCAUACCUGCAGGCCCCCAGGCAAUGCGAGUCGGGUUCUUUUCCACAAUCUGUCUAGUUGGAAUUUGGAGGACACAUUGGCACUGUGGUCUCCAGGCCAGAAAGAUUACAUUAUAGUGCAGCUGCAGAAUGGUGAGAUCUGGGAGCUCUCAAUGUGUAACAGGGUCAAGAGGGAAAACAUGUCGAGUUUGAACUAUGAAUACAGCGGCAGGAGGACCAAAUUUCCUUGUGUGGAUGGCUAUAUAUAUGACCAUCGAAAGUGGAAAAGCACCGUGGUGACCGAGUGGAAUCUGGUCUGUGAGCGAAAAUGGUUCGCAGCGCUGAUCCAGCCCCUGUUUAUGUUUGGAGUCCUUGUGGGAGCGGCGACUUUUGGCUACAUUUCUGACAGGCUAGGACGACGAGUGGUCCUGUGGUCCACAAGCACUGCCAUAUUUUUGUUUGGAAUAGCAGUGGCGUUUACAGCUGAUUAUUACAGCUUCAUAGCUGUGCGCUUUUUUCUUGCCAUGUCUGCAAGUGGUUAUCUCGUGGUGGCGUUUGUCUACGUGAUGGAAUUUGUCGGAAUGAAGUCUCGGGCGUGGGCCUCUAUCCAUUUGCAUUCCUUUUUUGCAAUUGGAACAAUGGUGGUGGCCUUCACAGGCUACUUGGUCAGGACCUGGUGGAUUUAUCAGAUGAUCCUCUCCACAGUGACUGUCCCCUUCGUCCUGUGCUGUUGGAUGCUCCCAGAGACACCUUUUUGGCUUCUCUCAGGGGGAAGAUACAAGGAAGCACAAAAGAUAGUUGAUAUGAUUGCCAAGUGGAACGGGGUGAGCUCCUGUAAACUGUCGGAACUUUUAGCUCUGGAUGAUCCCGUUCGCAGUAGCUCCCCGGAAAUUAAGACAAACAACGUGUUAUAUCUGUUCUAUGACUGUACCGUGUCAACAAGGACGCUUAUCGUUUGGCUAAUUUGGUUCACGGGGAGUUUGGGAUUCUACUCCUUUUCCUUUAAUUCUCUUAAUUUAGGAGGCAAUGAAUACUUAAACCUCUUCCUCCUGGGUGCAGUGGAAAUUCCUGCCUACACCUUCGUGCACAUGGGGAUGGACAAGGUGGGGAGAAGAAACGUCCUGGCCUUCUCCCUUUUCUCCAGUGCACUGACGUGUGGUGUGAUUAUGGUGAUCCCCCGGAAUUAUUUUAUUUGGAGUGUGGUGGCAACUAUGGCUGGAAAAUUUGCCAUCGGGGCAGUGUUUGGCCUUAUCUAUCUUUAUACGGCUGAGCUGUAUCCAACCGUUGUAAGGUCGCUGGCCGUGGGGAGCGGCAGCAUGGUGUGUCGCCUGGGCAGCAUCCUGGCCCCGUUGUUCGUGUACUUCAGCAGCGUGUGGAUCUUCAUACCGCAGUUGCUUGUUGGGCUUACAUCCUUUAUAAGUGGAAUGCUAACACUAAAGCUUCCAGAAACCCUUGGGAAGCCGCUGGCAACUACUUGGGAGGAGGCUGCACAACUGGAGUCAAAAAAUUAUACAAGUUCAAUGAAAAGACAUUCUGUAACUAGGAGUACUGAGUUGGAAAAACCAGAAGCGAUUAACCCCAGGAAUAAAUGUGCCACUGGAGCUGUCUAGCACCUGAAGUAUUGUUUACGUUAAUGUCUUAGUAUUAGAGGGUUGUUAUUCUCAUCUCCUGCAUGUUGUUAUGUGUGUGUUUUUUUAAUUUUGUAAGAAAGUUUUAAAACAAUUGUUUUUGUAAAAGUAAAAGAAAUAAAAAAAAA